AUGCCCUAUCACGUACUCGACACUAUUGCUAUUGCUUGCGUUCCGAUCUGUCUAUGGCAAUUUUUCUCAUGGAGAAAGAGCUGCAACAGAUCUCCUCUCCCUCCAGGACCAAAGGGACUACCCCUCAUCGGGAACACACUCGAUGUGCCAGAAGUUGAGGAAUGGGAGGCGGCUCGGAAGUGGGGGGAGGAACAUGGCCCCGUGGUUCAUAUCAAGCAUCUUGGAAUAUCAUACGUUUUUCUUAACUCAUACCAGGCUGCUGUCGACCUGUUUGAGAAGCGCUGGUCGAAUUACUCUUGUCGUCCAAAACUUACUAUGUGGGAACUAGAAAGUUUCGGCUGGUUUGUACCAGUGAUGCCUUAUGGAGAUGAACUACGAAGAGCAAGGCAGUUGAUGCAUCGCUUCUUCCAACCUGCCGUCGUCGUCGAAUACACAGAGAUGCAAACCCAUGUAACACAUAAGAUGCUCCAAAGCCUCCUUAACGCUCCUGACAGUUUUCCGGAACUAGUCAAACACGCAGCAGGGGAGACUAUUCUAAAAAUGACUUACGGAUAUCAAGUCGCAGAGAGGGAUGAUCCGUAUGUUGCCCUCGGAAUCAAGGGCCUAGACGCCUUUGCCGAGGCAGAAGGCCUCUUUCUUGUGAAUGCCUUUCCCUGGUUGAGAUACUUGCCCGAUUGGUUCCCUGGCGCUCAGUUCAAGAAAAUCGCGAAGGAAGGCCUCAAGAACUCGCUCGAUAUGUAUUAUGACCAGUACAAGCUGGCGAAGCAGAAAUACGCCGAAGGAUCGGUCAUUCCUUCGAUGUCAAGCAAGCUAAUAGAGGCAAGUAUGGCACAUGACGCGGUCCUCAACGACGAGAUGUUAAUUGCAAAAGUGACGAGUACAGCAUACGGUGCGGGAGCUGAUACAACUGUCUCAGUACUACACUCGUUCUUCCUAGCCAUGGUCCUGUACCCAGAGGUUCAGCAACGUGCGCAAGAGGAGCUUGAUAAAGUGGUGGGAAAGGACACGCUGCCGUCGUUUGAUGAUCGGCAGAACUUGCCGUACCUCAACUCUAUCAUCAAGGAGACUUAUCGUUGGCAGAUCAUCGCACCACUUGCUACUGCGCAUACCGCGGCAGAGGACGACGUCUACAAUGGUUACUUCAUUCCCGCUGGCACGAUUGUUUUCCAGAACCUUUGGGCAAUAACGAGGGACCCUACGACAUACCCUAACCCCGAUGAGUUCAUUCCUGAACGCUGGUUACCAGGAAACGGAAAGGAGCCGCCUUCGGACGUGCACAAGAUCGUUUUCGGAAUUGGCCGCCGAAUUUGCCCAGGACGGCACUUCGCAGACAAUGCCGUCUUCAUAGGCGCGGCGUCCCUCCUUGCAGCGUUUAACAUCGCCAAAGCACUCGACGAACAUGGUGUCCCUAUAACCCCGGAUCAGAAAUACUACACGCACAUGAUAAGGCACCCCAAACCGUUCAAGUACUCUUUAACGCCUCGAUCAGAGAAGAUCGCCUCCAUUAUCCACCAGUCUGUAGAAGCAAUGAAGUGA